AUGAGUGCAAUCGCUGACAGCACCGAUGGCCCUGUCGAGCAGGUCAAGGUGCUGUUUGCCCUGUUUCCGGGCUACAACACGCUCGACGUGGCAGGUCCGCUCGAGGUUCUGAGUCGCUCCCUCCAGGACGCCAAAGACAAGUCCAGUAAAGCCUUCAACUGCCAGUUCGUCGGCACCGCAGCUGCCAUGACAUCCGUUCAGGGCCUCACCAUCAAGGCAGACAUGGACUACGAGGACGCCAACAAUGAGCUUGAGGACUUUGACGUCGUCAUCGUCCCCGGUGGUGAGGGUGUCUUUGAGGUCCUCAAGAACAAGUCUGAGCCUCUCGAUCUCCUCACCAAGUACGUCGAGCUUCAGGAGAAGAGUCCCAGCAAGGAGCGCACCAUCCUUGCCAUCGACGUCGGUGCCCUGCUCCUUGCUCAGCAAGGUAUGCUAGAGGGCCUUGCCGCUACAACCCACCCAGACUACUAUGUCCGUCUCGAGACCAUCUGUCAAGACGCGGCUAGGCGGGACAUGUCCGAGCGUACGGAUGUCAUGGAGGAGCGCUACGUUGUCAACAACGCCCGCUUUGACUUGGGCGAGAACCCCGACGACAACCCGUACAUCAUUAAGAAAUCGCGUGAGCCACCGAGCGCUCCCGAGGGCACCAACAUGGGACAUGCUCGAAGGAAGUCGAUCGCUCGCAAGGGCAGCAACGCUUGGCGCGACUCUCGCCGUCGCGAGUCGAUUGCUAGGCGUGCAUCCAUGCCCCUGGGCGGUAUGCGUGUCAUCACCACCGGCGGUGUGACUGCUGGGCUCGAUGCCAGCCUAUACUUGGUGGGUUCUUUGGCUUCCCACGACUCGGCCCUGGAGGUCGCUCGUGCUAUGCAGUAUUCUUGGGUCAAGGGCGUUACGGUCGACGCGAUCGAUGUUUGA